UUCGAGAAAUAAUUGUUCGAAAUAACAAGUUAGCGCGUAGAGCAGCACUAAGGUGAUGUUCUGAAGAGAGACGAAGUUUAUUUUAGGAAUCUACGAAAAUACGCACACACGCCUCUGCGUCUCUUCUGAAUGCUCAGUCGCAGAUCGUUGCUCGAUUAUAAAAUCAUGGCUUCUCGGAGAUAUGUACCAUUGAGAGUGAUUCUAAUUGCCAUUUGUUUAGAUAUAUCGUCCAUUGUUGUUGCUACUGUUUCGUGGGAUUCGAAAACACCUAGGUAUGAUAGUUAUAACUUGGAUAAAGGACCGGUAAUCUACAAGGCGUAUUAUCCAGACACCCGGAAAUCUCAUCAGGAGAAACCCUAUUUUGAUCAAAAUACAGUAUUGGAGACGAGUUUCCAGAUGCCUUCCGAUCAAUCAGCUUACUCAACUGAAACCGCAGAUCGUCCUAUCUGGAAUAAUGAAUCAUCCGUUGUAGCGAAUGACGAAAGGAGAAUUUUAUCAAAGGAACAAUGGAAAGUAAUGAAAACUCGACGUAAUUAUAAUUUUACAAACGAAUUCGAUCCUUUCCAUGAUAAACAGUCUUUAGAGAUAUUCGAUGGAGAUAAAGACAUUGAAAACGUGAACAUCAAGGAAAUUUCCAAACUUGUUAGAAGAGCAAUUUCUCGAGAUCUGGAGAAUUGGAAUGCUCUCGAAAGAUAUCUCGGGCGUACCAGCAAUCAAGCUCAGCCAAUAUCCCAGUCAGAGAUGUAUUUCAAAAAAAGUCAUGAAAAUGAGAAAAAUUACAAUUACCCGUUUGAAAUCAAUCAGCGAACUUUUAAUCCGUCACAACAGCUGAGAUCUAAAGUAUUACAAAAAUUAGAGACGCGCGAUGUAGAACAGUUGCAGCCUACUUAUCUCGAAGAAGUCGAUGCGAGCGAAAUAAAGGACACAAUGAAGGACGAAGCAAUCGUCAAUGGCAUGCAAGCUGCUGACGCAUCAUCGGUCAAUGUUAUUUCCGAUUCGUCAAUGGAAAAUAUCUUUCAACCACGGCCACAACUGAUCAGAUACAUGUUCUUCAGGAAACUCACACCGCAACGCAAUGAACAAAUCGAAAAAGUGACCGAUGAGUUGACAUUACGCAAUUACGGCGACGAUCGCAUUCAUGAAGCGAUUACUAACGACAGCCGCAAUAAGCAAGUAAAGGAAAAUGUCAAAAUAACAUCGAUCGAAGUAAGCAAGCUGCCGCGGCACAAAAUACGUCAUCAUCACGAUGAAUGGCCAAAACGACAUUAUUCCACUCACCGUUAUCGCGCGCAAUCUACUGUUUAUCCAAUUAAUACAGAGAAAUAAUCGAAUAAAGAAAUACACGGGUAGAGGCAGGUUAAUAAAAUCCUUUUGAUAUAAUGAUUGUAAUUAAAAGCACCAGAUUCUUCAUAUUAUUAAAUCAUAACUGUACUAUAUAUCCCAUUUAUUAAAUGUCAUUGAAUAUACAAUCAUAUAUUUUCUACGACAAUGUACUUACAAUAAGAUCGAUUUUUCUCUAUUAACUGUUAAUUACAUUAACAUCAAAUUAGUUAACACUAAUCCUUAUUAAAGAAAUCUUCUUUCUCGAAAUACAAUGUUUGUGUGCACAAACAUAAAUUCAGUUAAACACUAUUAUGGACUGUAAACGCAGAUUUUUGGAAUGUUUAUUCAUUCUAUAAUUCUACAUACAAGUAUUUGGGAUGCUCGUACGAAAUUGAAAAUUGCCAUGACGUAAAUCAUAAAACUAUAUUGUAUACAUAUUUUUGUAUGAUAUUUGACAUGAAGAUAAGUACACGAGGACAAAAUCGCAAGUAUUUUACAAAUACCCUACUCUAUCGGAACACAACCUUUUUUGGUGAAUAGUCUCAGUUUUUUUUUUUAACUAGA